AUGGACACCCUCGCACGCCGUCCAGUUUCCCCGUCAGGCUCCUCGUCUGAUUCUAAUGAAGACAACUCGUCCUCCGCUCGCGUCUAUUUUGGACCUAUGCAAUCCCCGGAGAAGAAGUUCCUUGCUCAGGAGGAAGCACGUCAAUCCCUCCAAGUUCCCCUUUCUCCGUCUCCACUUAGACGCUCCCCCAGGUUCUCCGGAGUUCCACCAUCUACUCCUCAGCAGACAACCGAUCCCAAUGAAGACAUAGACAACGCCGUUGAAGACUCACAUAUUGAGAUGGCCAACGUUGCUGUACAUAUUUCUCGAGACGCAACACCCGACCUCGACCCUCUCCGUCAAGACGAACCCUCUUCAUCGUUAGCUCGCAGAAUAUUGCGGGCGCAUGAUAAUCCGUCGCCUCCACCCCACCUUCUUCCGGAUAACGUGCGCUCCCCGCUUCGAGCCCUGUCAGCAUCUCCUGAUCCCGUGAAGCCAUUCCAGGGAAUCGAUCUUCUACAUACCUUGCCUCAAGCAGAGGGGGAUGGCCCUGCUGAGACCUCUAAAGAGCUUGAGUCAUCCCCAUGCAACGUGUCCCAACCAGACCUAAUAUCUUUUGACUCAUGCUCAACGCCAAUACCAGGCCCACCCAUGGACGACGAUAAAAGCUUAGUGUCAAGAACACAACCUCCUCAAGCUUCUACCGAAACUAUUGAUGAUCUUCUGCUUGGCUCUCCGACCGUCCUUCCCCCGAGUCCCAACACGUUUACAGAAGGUGACAUUCCCAAAACACCCCCAGCAAUUCCUGCACGUUCCCACCAGUGCGAAUCGAGUUCCUCAGCUACACAACUUGACGGUUUCCUCGCACCAUUAAGUCGAUUCGUGACAUCCGUAGCAAAUGAGGGUGCGCCUUCUCCUGAUCCUCAUGCUCUGCCUCGACGUUCGUCUCGCAAGAGCACCAGUCCCCUGAAGAGACCCCUUCUGGACGAGUCUAACACACCAUCUACGGCUAACGCACCUUCUCGAGAAGGGAGUCCUACUGAUGACAAAAUGCUGAUACCAUCCGAUUCGGAACCAACGCGAGUGACAGGGCUACAGGUGAAGAACAUAGUCAGCGAAAGUGAUCAUCGACCAAAAGGCACCUCCACCCCAGUGACGAAUUUCCAGCGCGAGCUUGGUUCAUUGUCUCCAACGUCCCAAAGUUUGCUGGCUAGCCUCUUACCUUCGGCGUCCUCCAAUGGACCAUCGCUGUCGCAUCAAGACACAGAUAUACGCCCUUUGCCACCCACCGCAGCUCCGGAUCAACCAGACCCCAAAGCUCAGCCACCACAGUCUCCCCUUUCUCGACUUACUCCGGUCUUCCGCCCGCCAACCAGCCCACAGCGUUUGAGCACGCCUUCGCGGCUUCCUCCUUCUCCUUUGAAGUUUUCGUUCACCCGGGAUGAUGUGACACGGACCCCGGCACGCCGAGUACCUAUCCAGGAAGCUCUCGCGCAAGGCAUGCCUUCAGUGCAGAAGCCCACGAAACUGUUUUCGCGAACUGCACUAGAUGACCCAUCACGUACUCCUGCAAAGAGAAUUCCGAUAAUAGACCUCGAUCCAUCACCUGAUGCCCCAAGCUUUCACGACAAAACGCCUGCGAGAGCCAGAAGUGCUUCGGUCGAGCCUAAACCAUCUGAUCAGGGUCACCCCAGAAGUCGUUCUGUAGAGCCCUCACCACUUACGAACAGGAAGAAGGACAAAAUGCUGAUCUGCUCAACUACACGAAGAGAUUCCAAGUUACCGUUUCCGCUCAUUGCAUCACUUCCAAACGGUUUACAUCCUCCGAUCCCGGAGGAGGUUGAGACAUCGGACCAGACGCUACCGGAAGAUUUAGCAAGCUCGAGCAAGCCCACGAGGUUAUCUUCGCCUGCGAAAUCGUCCUUGAAGCAACCAACUGUAUCCAGUCGAAUCCCUAGGAUGGACAUAAAACCUUACGCUAAACCAAAGGCCAAGGUCCUCAUGGCCGAAGGCAGCAGUUUUAUUAAGUCCAAGGGAACCACACCCGUAUCGCAACCCUCGCGAAUCGGUACACCAGGCAGCAGCGGUAGCGGCAGCAGCUCUGAUUCAGGUCGUCCGCCAUCCACUAAUGGGACAGCAAAGUCCUCUACUUUGACAACGCUCAAGAGGAAGAGGGAAACACUACCAUCUGCACCAGAUACUCAGCCGCUUCGGAUGCGCCAGGUCGUCCCUGGUAUGUUUGGGGGCAAGUAUGCAGCCAAACCUCAGCAGUCUGCAGCUCAAACUGAGAUGCAGGCGCCACGGCCAUCAAAGCCUAGCCCGUCAAAGCCUGCGGGUCCCCUUCGCAUGCGCAAAGUCGUUGACGGCAUGUUCGUAAGGGGCUCGGGGACAGAAAAGGUUGUCAAGGAACGGCCGGCGCAAACGCCUUCAUCUCAGCUGCCGACUUCGGGGAAAUCGAUACCUCCGACGGAAUCAUCUGAGGUCGAAGCGCGCAUGGAACUGGAUACUGCUCCAUCACCAAUCAACGCAGCAGAUGUCCCUCCAGACAUACCUCCUGAAACCUCGAACUCGGAUGGCAAAGAUGGUCAACCUGACCAAACGUCAGACAUGCAGUCAAACGAUGCACCAGCAGGCAUUCGACGCACAUCCCGCGCACGGAAACCUGUACUUCCUCCGACUGCCGACGUCUUUAGCAGUGGUACAACGCGGGCUCCAGCACCUCGCAAGAGGGCACUUCGCUCCGAAGGUGACGGGUUUAUGGGACUGAGCGCAAUAGCUCUCAAAGCCUUAACAAACUCCAACACGGAGAAGAACCAGAGACUUAUAACGGCGACGCUCGAGAUGGAGACGAUACGCAAGGAUGGUCUCAGACCAGAGAGUCCGACGGUGAAAAUGCGUACUAUCGUACAGAAACAGCAGGAGGAGCAAGAUCGUCGGCGGAGUGAAAGGGCAGAGCGAAGGGCGCGGCGCAGCGAGGAGGGCUCAGUGGCGAGCGAUAUAGCCAACAGCAGCGAUACAGAAGAUGGCUUUGUGCAGGUCACAGAGGACCCGGGCCAAUCACGUUCCAAGGAUUUGCCUAAGCACCGCCGAGGACCUGGGGAUGAGGAGGAUUAUGAAACCCCCGAGAAGAUACCUCGUCCCCUCAAGAGGCUUAAAUUUGCCCUGGAAAGGGAAGAAGUGGCGGAACGAAUGCAGAGGCAGGUCAAGUGGGACCGCGGUCUCUCGACGACUAUAUAUCUGGAUGAUAUAGUUCCUAAUCCUAAAUCACGUCCCAAAGAAUUCACUAUCAGCAAAGGGUGCCUAGCUUCCGAGUCCAAGAAUCGACGUCUGGAUACCAUGGGCAACCUCAUGGACGCGGAAAAUACCCCAUUGACCGACUUGGAACCCGUGAACGUUGUCGUCAAGAAGUUCGUAUAUGAUAAUGACCUCGAAGCCGAACCUGAACCUACCCCCCCUCCACCGCCUCCAAAGACAAGGUCAAGGAGCAAGAAGGCCAAGAGUUGA